CGCAGGUUCUCGGACAUCCCCAGCCCUUGGUGGCAGGCCACCACGGUGCUGUGCGGGGUCGGCGCCGCCCUCAGCCUCAUGGUGGCCGUGACGGCGGUGGCGGCGUGCUGCAUCAACUACGUGGUCCACAAGGGGUCGGCACGCCUCGCCGGCACCGCCCAGCUCAUCGCCGCUCUUCUCACCUGCGCUGGCAUCGCGGUGUACCCGAUGGGCUGGGACAACCGGGAGGUUCGGGAGAGCUGUGGGCCCGAAGCGCAGGCCUACCGGUUAGGGAGCUGCGAGCUGUCGUGGUCGGCCUACCUGCUGGCGGGGGCCGUGCUGCUGCUGCUGCUCUGCUUCGCGCUCAGCUUCUGCUCGUCCAACGUGCGGCCCAACUCUUCCUUUCGCAUCUGAGUGUACAGCGUCGGCAUGCCCGCGCGCGCCCUCUAGCGGCGCCGGCCGCCUGCGCGGCGCCAGCGUCUGGAUCUCCAUGGACGUGCUGGACUGCCCGCUGUGAGCGGCGGCGGCAGCGCCAGGGCCCUGUGUGAGAGCCCGCGGACGAUGAUGGACAUCGGCGGACGCCCUCUCGCACUCCGGCGAGUGAGGCGGAGUGUGGUGGCCGGACCGGACAUGCCGGCAAAUUUAAAAAAGAAAAGAAAGAAGUGCUUCAGGUGGACUCUUUUUUUUCCCUCUCCGUAGGAAAAGAAAUAAAUUGUUAAAUAUGGACAAUAUAUAUAUUAUGAUUAUUAUUAAUGAUAACGGUAUGACGAUAUCUGUGACUUAUUUUUUACACCCUGUGAAGUGGCAAGGGCGGUUGCGUUUGCGGGAGGAAUGUUAAUGUUUUGUUGUUAGUUUAUACGGUAACGCGGUGGGCGCGCUCACGUGUCAGAAAUCUGAUCCCGUUCUCAAUGCAAACGGAGUGAUUUCAGGGUAUACGUCUCGGGUCGUCUGGGAAAGUCGAGAAAUGUGCGGCCAUGAUUUACUUUCUCGUGUUUUUAUUAUGUUUGAUCGAUAAUUGUAAGUGGGGUGUAAAUGAAUGUGGGGUUGGUUAUGGUUAAAUGUUAUUGACUCAAUUACUGUAUUUUUCUGUUUACAAGUGUUAUAUUGUUCUCGUCAAUGUUCACCUCACUGUAAAAUGCUUGCAAAGGAUGUCAGUUUGUGUUGAACCAAUUAUUUUUUCUGACUAUAAGUAUUGCCAAUAACGAUCGUUGUGUAAACUUUUUGCGGUCUCACGAACUUUUCUCUUUUUCGCGACCCCAAACAAAUAGUUUGCCAGCGUUAGUAAGUUCUCCGCAGUACAAACCAGUAAAAUUCUUCGUAACCUUUUGUGUUGAGUUGUAUUUGCAAGCAUUAUACGGAGUAGUGUCCAUAUAGUUUAUCACUGCAACUGUUUUCUGUGUGAUAUUUUUGUUUUUAAUUUCUGGACGACAUGAUUAGUAAUUUGUAAUUUGUUUAUGCAAGACUUCCCGAUGGUUUAUGGUUUAACUACACAAAUGUGCCAAGACCAUUAUUAUUACUUUUCGGUUCACAAAAAUGCGUUAUCCCACUACGAGAGGGAUCAACUAUCAUUUAAAGGAUAUCCCUCCUGGUCCCUCUUGUGCGUGCUCCGACUCGGUCCCUUUUGUAUUUUUACAACAAUUGUGUCCCGCUCACUGAGAACAUGUUUUUUUUAUUUAUCACGGUUAUAUGGUUCAUUAUACAAUAAAAAGAAUUCUUGUGAUAGCAAACUGA